UAUUUGUCAAUGAGUUGUGCUCUUAUUGUGAAAAAAUCGGAACGGAAGUGAGUAGUUGAUUUAGCCUGCGUGAGCCCAGGCGAACCAAAAUGGCAGAGUACCUUGCAUCUAUUUUCGGGACAGAGAAAGAUAAGGUCAAUUGCUCGUUUUAUUUUAAAAUUGGGGCUUGUCGACAUGGAGACCGCUGCUCCAGAUUACACAACAAGCCAACAUUUAGCCAGACAAUUGCUCUGCUGAACAUUUACAGGAACCCCCAGAACAAUGCCCAGUCUUUGGACGGUCUGACCUGUACCGUCAGUGACAUGGAGAUGCAGGAGCACUAUGAUGAGUUUUUUGAGGAAGUCUUCACAGAGAUGGAAGAAAAGUACGGAGAAGUGGAGGAGAUGAACGUCUGUGACAACCUUGGGGACCACCUGGUUGGAAAUGUUUAUGUCAAGUUUCGUAAUGAGGAAGAUGCCGAGAAGGCCGUGAUCGACUUGAAUAAUCGAUGGUUCAAUGGACAGCCCAUUCACGCUGAGCUGUCUCCUGUGACGGACUUCAGAGAGGCCUGCUGUCGCCAGUAUGAAAUGGGGGAGUGCACCCGCGGAGGCUUUUGUAACUUCAUGCACCUGAAACCCAUCUCGCGUGAGCUGAGGAGAGAGCUGUACGGGCGUCGCAGGAAGGGCCGCCACAGGUCUCGGUCCCGGUCCAGAGAAAGAGAUCGAGACAGAGACAGAGGCCGAGGGGGCGGCCGCGACCACGAGAGGCGUCGCCCCAGAGACAGAGAGCGUUCAGGGCGAUUCUGAGCUUCACGCCAGGACUUCUCACCGCUCCAUCCAUCACUGUUAGUUUUAAGUUUGUACCCUAUCAGAUUUGUUCUGAAUGACAGCCAGUUUCUAAGUGUUGUUUUAAAUUGAUUUCUGAUGACAUUCACCUCAUUAAAUUAAAGUUUUUACUUAAAACUAA